CCUGACUGUAUUGAAGGUGAAGAUCAAUCCUGCGACACGGCGGAGGUAAAAUUCACAGUUGGAGAGAAAAUUAACUGAAUCACAAUUGGAAAUGGAGGUUCCACGCGUGGAACACAGUAUCAGCAGCCCAACCAGCCCGUGCGUGGACAUCAAGAACCUGAGCUUGGACGCUAUUCAGCUAUGCGACCGAGAGGGAAACAAGUCUCAGGACAGUGGGAUAGCUGAGAUGGAGGAGCUUCCCGUCCCUCAGCACAUCAAGAUCAGCAACAUCACCUGCGACUCCUUCAAGAUCUGCUGGGACAUGGAGCCCCGUGUGAAGGAACGCAUCACACACUACUUUAUCGACCUCAACAAGAAGGAGAACAAGAACUCCAACAAGUUCAAACACAAGGAUGUGCCCACCAAACUGGUUGCCAAGGCGGUGCCCCUGCCCAUGACCGUGCGAGGCCAUUGGUUCCUGAGCCCGCGUACAGAGUACACCGUUGCCGUGCAAACAGCAUCCAAACAAAGUGACGGAGACUACGCUGUCUCAGAAUGGAGCGAGAUCAUAGAGUUCUGCACCGGAGACUACUCCACUGUCCAUCUGACCCAGCUCCUGCAGAAGGCAGAGGUCAUUGCCGGCAGGAUGCUCAACUUCUCAGUGUUCUACCGCAACCAGCAGAAGGAAUACUUCGACCAAGCUAGCCCCUCUUCUCCCCUCAGGGAUGCUCAGAACAACCGCAUGUUGCCUGCUGUGAAGGACAACAGUGGCAGCCAUGGCUCCCCCAUCAGCGGCAAGCUGGAGGGCAUCUUCUUCAGCUGCAACACUGAGUUCAACACUGGCAAGCCCCCCCAGGACUCCCCCUACGGCCGCAUGCGCUUCCAGGUGCAGGCCGAGGCCCUGUUCAACCCCAACACCAACCUCUACUUUGGGGACUUCUACUGCAUGUACACGGCCUACCACUAUGUGAUCCUGGUUCUGGCCCCACAAGGCUCCCCUGGGGAUGAGUUCUGCAAGCAGCGGCUCCCUCUGCUGGAUAUCGCAGACAACCGCUUCCUGACGUGCGUGGAGGGGGAGGACGGCCACUUGGUGUUCCGACACGCGCAGGACGUGAUCUUGGAGGUGAUCUACACAGAGCCUGUGGAUCUGGCACUGGGCACAGUGGCGGAGAUCAGUGGGCAUCAGCUGAGGAGUUCAUCUACGGUCAAUGCUAAGAAGGACCCCAGCUGCAAGACCUGUAAUAUCAGUGUGGGCCGCUAAAUGGCUUGCUGGCUGAUGGCUAGCUGGCUAACUAGCUGGCUAACCAGCUAGCUAGCUAACCGGCUAAACUGCCAUCUAGCUAACAGUUUGGCAGGCUAAUGACUAGCUAGCUUACUGGCUAAUCACUGACUGAUUAAAAGUCCUACUGGUUAAUUAACUGACUGGCUAAAGGCUAAAGCUAUCCCUUAACUGCACCCCACCUCCCCCUUUUAUGCCACCCCUGCCUAAAUCCUUUCCCUCCCUCCCUCUCUUCCCCCUCCUUAU